AUGAUCCUCCCCCUCAUCCACUUCGUGGCCUUGGCCAGCGUGGUCACUGCUGCCCCCAACCGACUCGACAAGCGUCAAGACAACAAUUCUCAAGCGCAGUCUGCUUCUUCCUCGCUGGCUGUUGGCUCAGUGGCAAACGGUCCUGCUUCCUCGGCUGCUGUGUCCGCCGACAGUACCGGCGCUGCUCCCUCUAGCAGCAGUGCUGCUGCUUCCCCUCCUGGCGCCUCCUCCGGCUCGGCCACUGCCAUCGGUGGCAGCGGUAAUCCCCUUCCUUCGGCGUCCCUUCAGUCAAGCGCAGUGCAGGGUGCUCCUGCUCCCUCGGCUUCCUCUCAGGCGGCCUCCGCGGAUGGAGAUGUAGCUCCCCCAUCGUCUUCUGUCGUGGCGUCGGGCGCUGCCCCGAGCCCUACCUCGGCUCCCGCAGUCGGUGGAACCAACAAUGGGACCGGCUUGUCUGGUCUGGCAGCUGUCGGCGGACAGUUGCAGCCAGGGGCUGUCUUUACCACUACCCGACUCAUAGACGCCGACCCCUUCCCUCUCACCCAGACUCUGGUGCAGACUUUCACAGUGCCCACGGAUGCUGCUGGUGCCCAGGCUACCGUUGCCGCAUCUGGUGGACUUGGGGACCUUUCGGGUCUUUUGGGCCUCGGCGGGGCCAACAACGCAGGUUUCAACAAAGCAGUAAUCUCGGCUUCCGGCAGUGCCGUGGAAAUCAUCACUGCCAUUCCCCAACCACCUCUUCCCAGCAAGAGCAAUUCUGCCGACCAAUCUGUUUUCACACCUGCUGCCGACUGGGACAUCACUGCCCCUCCCCAGACCCGUGAAUACACCUGGGACAUUGAGUACACAGCUGGAGCCCCUGAUGGGUUCCACCGUCGCAUGAGCACGGUCAAUGGCAUCUACCCCGGCCCCCUUAUCGAAGCCAACAAAGGCGACACCAUAGUAGUCCACGUUAAUAACAAGCUGGACCGGUCGCAAUCCAUUCACUGGCACGGGCUCCGCCAGCUCAAGACCCCUUUCAUGGACGGCGUCCCGGGCACGACUCAGUGUCCUAUCCGCGCAGGCGAGAGCUUUACCUACCGAUUCAACGUUGAUGACGAGACCGGGACAUACUGGUGGCACUCUCACUCCGGCAACACUCAAGCCGACGGCUUGCACGGUGGUCUCAUCGUCCACUCCCCGGACCAACCAUACCAGAGAGGCCGGGAUUACGAUGAGGAACGCAUCGUCUAUAUCACAGACUGGAUGCGAGACCAGGCUGACGACAUCGUCCUGGGCAUCAUCACGGAGCAAGGCUUCCGUGGACGCCCAGUCGUACCCCCUCCCGAUGCCGCCCUGGUCAAUGGCGUGGGCCAGUCUGUGUGCGCUGAUGCCGACCCCACCGUUCAGUGUGACCAGACUCAACCAGCAACAUUGCAAGUCUCCCAGAACCGCACCCGCCUUCGCCUGAUCAGCACCGCCAGCCAUGCCAUGUAUCGAAUUUCGAUCGACCAGCAUAAUUUAACCGUAAUUGAAGUGGACGACACACCCAUCGAACCUUUCACUGCCACCGAAAUCCCAAUGCAUCCCGGCCAACGCUACAGCGUCAUUAUCGACGGCAGCUCCAACGCCCCCGGUGACCAGAUCUUCCUGCGCUCUCGACUGGCCACUAACUGCCUGGGGAGCGAUGCCCAACAGCAAGAGCAGAAACUUGUCCUCCAAUUCCCAGGGAGCAACCUCAAUGAACCAGUCGAUCAGCCCUGGCCCAACCUCGCUGGGGCUGACACACCUUGCCGAGACCUUGGUGUAGCAGAGGGCGCUAAGUUGCUCCCUCGAAACAUCACUCAAGUCCCUCAAACUUCCUUCAAGACCGCGUCAUUUUGGACAGAGGCCGGAACCUUCACAAACUGGCUAGGAUUCGAGGUAGUCGGCUUCAACGUCAGUGGAGUCCAAUACCUCAAUUACGCGAACAAGCCGGCCUUGGGAGAGGUGGCUCUCAAUCGUGAAUUGAACACCUCUGCUGCUGGAAUCGUUGAGUUCAAUGGCGAUCUCGAUGGUGCCGUCGACCUCUUCAUCAACUCCAGGGACGCAGCUCCCCUAGCGCACCCAUUCCACAUUCACUCCCGGCCGUUUUUCAUCCUUGACAGAGGUGAAGGAAUUAUGGAAGUGGACCAACUGGACACCUCCAGGUUUGACUUGGUGAACCCCCUCAGACGCGAUGUGAUCACCCUCACUGGCCAAGAAUGGGUUGUCCUCCGACUCCCCGCCGACACCCCGGGGGUCUGGCCGAUGCACUGUCACAUUGGAUGGCAUUUGGCUGCCGGCAAACAGGGCCUCAUCAACAUGCAGCCUAACGCCCUCCGCGCACGUAUUGCCGCAGGCGAAUACGGUCCUAGUGCGGUUGGCGAGGCCUUCACCGCCGAGUGGAACGGACUCUGCGCAGGCGUCGACCGUGAAGUGAUUGAAGCCGGUCGCCGCUAG